AAGCGAGUACCAACUCACUGUCAAGAGCACUGUCAGUCUGUCGCUGCUUUCCUAACCGCUGCUCGGCAAUAGAAAACACGUCUGACAGAGGAAAGGUCGGUAUAAAGACCACCAGCUUUUCAAGCACCCACAAGACUUUUAUGUUAAGAGGCCUCUGUCUCCCCCUCUCUCCCUCCCAUUCUUUCUUUGUUUCUUUCUUUUUUUUUCUCUUUCUUUCCUUCUUCCCAUCCUGAUCUGGAGCAAUGGCGACGGAAGACGAAGCGCGAGAAGCGGCAGAUGGGGAGGAAAUUCAAGUGGAAGCUGGGGAUCUAGGAACAACCCAUUUGCAAAUGAACCUAGACAGCAAGCUUUCAUCUCAUGGGGAGAUGAAGGACGAGGCAACAGCCAUGGAUUCAACUGAAGGAAUGAAGGUUACAGAGGAUCAAGUUUUAGAAAGAGCACCCUCUGUAGUCGAAAUUCCUCAAGAAGAUACCCCAAAUGGUACACAUGCUUCUCUGAAUGGUCAUAUGAAAGAAGGGAAGAUCGCUAAUGAGAAGCCACAAGAAAAUGGUCAGAAAGGUAACGAGCAGGUAGAAGCUUCACCAGAUGGAAUAAGCACCGAUCAGAGCAGCACAAGUAAUGGCGAAGAGGCAAUUGAUUCUUUAGGCCAUGUUGAGAACACUGCAGAAGAUACCAGCCUUCUAAAACAUGAUAAUGAAGAGCCAAAAGAACAUUGUCAACAAGAUGUAGAAGGUGCUGCAAUAGAGAGCAAAAUGGUGCACAAAGACACACUGCAGCCUGACAAUGAUGUUGAGCCAACAAUUGAUGCUCAACAAGGCCACAAUCUGGAACCAGAAGAAGUAACUGAGGACACACAACCCGCAACCGUGCCAUGUAUUCCUGGUGAAGAGGUUGUAGCUGAAGCACCUGCUGGAGUCCAAACUUCUUUGGAGCCUAAUGUGGAUGAGCCUGACGCCCUUCCGAAUACUAGUGGUGGUGAUCAAGAAGUGCUGAACCAAGAAUCAACAGAAGAAACCAGUGACCCUCUGCCUGAAAAAACUGAAGAAACUUCUCAUGAGAGCAAUGUGUCCACCUCUGAGGAGACAACUCCAGAACAUGAUGCAGUGACAAGGGAGCCAGCUCUUGAUGUUCAAGAAGUGCAAAACCAGGGAUUAGCAGAAGAAAUAGCAGAUGCCAAAGAAGUUGAUACUGAGCAAACAGUUCACCAAAGUGGUAUUGCUUCUGAGGAGGCAACUCCAGAAGAUAAUGCAACAAUCACUGAACCAAGUUCUGACCUCCAACAUUUAAAUAAUGUGGAGUCAGAAGAAAUAAAGGCUCUUGAAGAUGCCAAAGCUGAAGAAACCUCCGAUCAAAGCAAUGUGACAAUUGCUGAAGAUGCAACCGAAGAUAAGGAGGCAAUAGAAGAUAUGCAGCCAGUUCAAGGGUUGGAAGAAGAAGAACCUCAGAACACUGGAACUGUCGACAUGGAUGAAGCUUCCAAUCAACCACAUGCUGAUGUCAUCAAUAACCUUGCAGAAGGAGACAGUGUACCAGCAUGUGAGCCCCAGGUGAUAGGAUUAAAAGAAGAGGUGAAGGACACUGGAGCCACUGAAACUCAAGAAAUCACUCAACAAAGUGCUGCUGCUUCAGAGGAGCUAGUAACAGAAGAUAAUUCUACGGCAAUUGAGCCAUCGAAUGAUGAUAUCCAGCAAACCCUGGAACAAGGAUCAGCUGAAGUUAAGCACGCAGAAGUUUCUGAGACUCAAGAAAUCUGCCAUGAAAGAACUAUUUCUGCUCCUGAGGAGGACUCUGUAAAAGAUGAUGUAACAGCAGAAGUACCAAGCUGUGAUGCCCAAGAGGUAGAAAAUGUAGCAUCAGUAGAAGAAAUCAAGGAGAACACAGCUGAGAAUAUCGUCGAAACCUCUAGUGCGGCAACUGUUGAAGAGGCAGAUCAAGAAAACAAUGUGCUAACAAGUGAAGAUGUGCCUGAACAGCAAAUACGGGGGCUUGAAACAGAAGAAAUACAGAACACUGAACCUGUUGAAACAGAAGAAGCUUCUGACCUAAGGCAUCCUGCUCUCUUGAAUGACGCAGCUCAAGAAGAUAUUAUACCGAGUGAUGUGCCAAAGACUGAAUCAACAGUAAGCGUGGAGGAUACUGAAGCCAUUAAAACUGAAGCUCUCCCUCAGGAAAGCAAUGUUUCCAUUUCUGAGGAGCCUGCUUCAGAACAAAAUAUAACAGCACGUGAAGUAAGUUGUGAUGAUCUUGCCAGAGAGGCAGCUGUUGAUAUGCAAUCAGCGCAGGAGCUACAGUCAGAAAAGAAGAAGAAUGCUGAAUUUACUGAAGUGAGUGAAGCAUCUGGUGAAAUGGAUGCUGCCGUCAUUGAGAACCCAACUCAUGAAGAUAACCUAACCAUAAGUGAGUCGCUUGUGAUGGAAUCAGCAGAAGUGAGCAGCAAUGAAGCCACUGAAGGCCAAGAAAUGCCUCAAAGUGAUGCUACUCAGUCAGAAGAUCACAAAACAGAAGAAAAUAUGGCAGUGAGUGAACCACAGAUCCUGGAACCAGAACCUGCUGAAGAAAUGAGAGACAGUGAAGCCACUAAGCCUCGAGCUAUCUCGCAAGAAAGCAUGUCUGUUCCAAAAGAUGAAACAGCAAAAGAAGCAGCUUCUGAUAUCAAAGAAGUACAAACCGAAGAGCUCAUAGAGAAACCUGAUGAUGUGAAAACUGAAGAAAUAUCCAACCAGAACAGUGGGACUAUCGUUGGAGAAACAGCACAGGAAGACAAGUUACUAUCAAGUGACCCAACUGGUGAUGUACAAGCAAAGAAGCUCGAAUCACAAAAGAUUGGUAACAGUGAGGAUGUUCAAAUUGAAGAAGCUUCCCAUCAAACAGAUGCUGAAGAAAAUUUGACAGAAAAUGAGCCACAAAUAACAACAGAAGAUAACACAGCAAUCCUGACAGAUGUUAACAUUCAACAGCUUCAAGAGCCAGAACCGGUUGAAUUCAGGGACACUGAAGCUACUGAACCUCAAGGCAUCUCCCCAUCUCACACUGUCUCUGGUUCUGAGCAGUCCACACCAGAAGAUAACGAGAUGACAGAACCCAGUCCUGCCACUCAAGCAGAGAAUUUAGAAUCAGCAAUAGUGAGGGAGGAAAGUAAAGAUGUGAAAAGCACUGAUGCAAUUGCUGAGGAGGAAACCCCCAGAGAACACGUACAGGAAUCUGGGGCACAUGUUGAUAUACCACCAGUGGAGAAUACUGAGCCCGUUGAGGUGCAUGACAAUGUAAUGACAGAUGACCUGCCAGCAGAAGAGGUGAAGGACAAUGAAGCCAUAGAGGUUGCAGAAAUCCACUAUGAGAGCCCUGUUGCAAAUAUUGGUGAUCUCACUGAAGAUGCCAAAAGCAAUGUUGCUCUUGAAGAUGAGGCAGCUCCUGAUGAAGAUGUAAAAGCAACAGAGGCAACUGCUGCUAUACCACAACCACAAGAGCCAGAAUUAGAAGAGAUCAAGAAUAGUGAAUCUGUUGAAGUGGAAGAUAAUAUAAUAGCAAGGGACCUGCCAGCAGAAGAGAUCAAGGACAUUGAAGCCAUGGAAACUGAGAUGAUCCCUCAUGAGAGUACUGGUGCAAACAUUAGCGAGCUCAUCAAUGAUGUGAAAAGCAAUGUUGCCCUUGCAGACGAGGCAGCUCCUGAUGAACAUGCAAAAGCAACAGAGGCAACUGGUGCUAUACCACAACCGCAAGAGCCAGACCUAGAAGAGAUCAAGAAUAGUGAACCUGCUGAAUUGGAAGGAAACAUAUCAGCAAAUGAUCUGCCAGCAGAAGAGGUGAAGGAUACUGAAGCCGUGGAGACUGAAGCAAUCAACGAGAGCACUGAUGCAAACAACAGUGAGCUCCCUGAAGAUGUGAAAAACAAUGUUGCUCUUGCAGACGAGGCCGCUCCUGAAGAACAUGUAACAGUAGCUGAUGAUACAGUUGAUAUGCUACAAGCACAAGAGCCAGAAGUAGAAGAGAUGAAGAAUACUGAACCUGUUGAAGUGGAAGAAAACGUAUCAGCAAGUGAACUGCCAGCAGAAGAGGUGAAGGACACUGAAGCAAUCAACAAGAGUGCUGAUGCAAACACCACCGAGCUCACCGAGGAGGUGAAAUGCAAUGUUGCUCUUGCAGCCGAGGAACCUCAUGAAGAGCAUGUAACAGUAGCUGAGACAGCAGUUGAUAUACCACAACCACAGGAGCUGGAACUAGAAGAGAUCAAGAACACUGAACCUGUUGAGGUGGAAGAAAACAUGUCAGCAAGUGACAUGCAGGCAGAAGAGGUGAAAGACACUGAAGCAAUCAAUGAGAGCACUGAUGCGAACAUCAGUGAGCUCACUGAGGAUGUCAAAACUAAUGUUGCUCUUGCAGACGAGGCAGCUCCUGAAGAACAUGUGAUAGCAACUGAGGCAACAGUUGACAUACCACAAGCACAAGAUCCAGAACUAGAAGAAAUCAAGAAUACUGAAACUGUUGAAGUGGAAGAAAACAUAUCAGCAAGUGACCUGCCGGCAGAAGAAGUGAAGGACGCUGAAGCCAAAGAAACAGAAGCAAUAACCGAGAGCACUGAUGCAAACAUCAGUGAACUCACUGAGGAUGUGAAAAGUAAUGUUACUCGUGCAGAUGAGGCAGCUCCAGAAGAGCAUGUAAUAGCAGCUGAGGCAGCAGUUGAUAUACCACAAGCACAAGUGUCAGAACUACAAGAGCUCGAGAAUGUUGAACCUGACGAGGUGGAAGAAAACAGAUCAGCAGGUGACCUGCCAGCAGAAGAGGUGAAGGAAAUUGAAGCCAAGGAAACUGAAGCAAUUAACGAGAGCACUGAUGCAAACAUCAGCGAGCUCACUGGCGAUGUGACAAGCAAUGUUACUCAUGUAGACGAGGCAGCUCCUGAAGAGCAUGUAACAGCAACUGAGGCAACGGUUGAUAUUCCGCGAGCACAAGAGCCAGAACUAGAAGAGAUUGAGAAUGUUGAACCUGUUGAGGUGGAAGAAAACACAUCAGCUAAUGACAUGCCGGCAGAAGAGCUGAAGGACACUGAACCCAAGGAAACUGAAGCAAUCAACAAGAGCACUGAUGCAAACAUCAGUGAGCUCACUGAAGAUAUGAAAAGGAAUGUUGCUCUUAUAGAUGAGGCAGCUCAUGAAGAACAUGUAACAGUAGCUGAGACAACAGUCGAUAUACCACAAGCACAAGAGCCGGAGCUAGAAGAGAUCAAGAAUACUGAAGCCGGUGACCUGUCAGCAGAAGAGGUCAAGGAAAUUGAACCCAAGGAAACUGAAGCAAUCAGCGAAAGGACUGAUGCAAUCAUCAGCGAGCUCAAUGAGGAUGUAAAAAGCAAUGUUGCUCUUGCAGACGAGGAACCUCAUGCAGAGCAGGUAACAGUAGCUGAGAGAACAGUUGACAUACCACAAACCCAGGAGCCAGAACUAGAAGAGAUCAAGAAUACUGAACCUGUUGAGGUGGAAGAAAAUAGAUCAGCACGUUACCUGCAAGCAGAAGAGGUGAGGGAAACUGAAGCAAUCAAUGAGAGCCCUGAUGCAAACAUUAGCGAGCUCACUGAGGAUGUGACAAGCAAUGUUGCUCCUGCGGACGAGGCAGCUCCUGAAGAGCAUGUAAUAGCAACUGAGGCAACGGUUGAUAUACCAGAAGCACAAGAGCCAGAACUAGAAGAGACCAAGAGUACUGAACCUGCUGAAGUAGAAGAAAACAUAUCAGCAAAUGAUCUGCCAGCAGAAGAGGUGAAGGAUACUGAAGCCGUGGAGACUGAAGCAAUCAACGAGAGCACUGAUGCAAACAACAGUGAGCUCCCUGAAGAUGUGAAAAACAAUGUUGCUCUUCCAGGCGAGGCCGCUCAAGAAGAACAAGUAACAGUAGCUGAUAAUACAGUUGAUAUGCCACAAGCACAAGAGCCAGAAGUAGAAGAGAUGAAGAAUACUGAACCUGUUGAAGUAGAAGAGAACAUAUCAGCAAGUGACCUGCCAGCAGAAGAGGUGAAGGACACUGAAGCAAUCAACGAGAGUGCUGAUGCAAACAUCAGCGAGCUCACAGAGGAGGUGAAAUGCAAUGUUGCUCUUGCAGACGAGGAACCUCAUGAAGAGCAUGUAACAGUAGCUGAGACAGCAGUUGAUAUACCACAACCACAGGAGCCGGAACUAGAAGAGAUCAAGAAUACUGAACCUGUUGAUGUGGAAGAAAACAUGUCAGCAAGUGACAUGCAGGCAGAAAAGGUGAAAGACACUGAAGCAAUCAAUGAGAGCACUGAUGCGAACAUCAGUGAGCUCACUGAGGAUGUCAAAACUAAUGUUGCUCCUGCAGACGAGGCAGCUCCUGAAGAACAUGUGAUAGCAACUGAGGCAACAGUUGACAUACCACAAGCACAAGAUCCAGAACUAGAAGAAAUCAAGAAUACUGAAACUGUUGAAGUGGAAGAAAACAUAUCAGUAAGUGAUCAGCCGGCAGAAGAGGUGAAGGACCCUGAAGCCAAAGAAACAGAAGCAAUAACCGAGAGCGCUGAUGCAAACAUCAGUGAACUCACUGAGGAUGUGAAAAGUAAUGUUACUCGUGCAGAUGAGGCAGCUCCAGAAGAGCAUGUAAUAGCAGCUGAGGCAGCAGUUGAUAUACCACAAGCACUAGUAUCAGAACUACAAGAGCUCAUGAGAGUUGAACCUGAUGAGGUGAAAGAAAACAGAUCAGCAUGUGACCUGCCAGCGGAAGAGGUGAAGGAAACUGAAGCAAUUAACGAGAGCACUGAUGCAAACAUCAGCGAGCUCACUGGCGAUGUGACAAGCAAUGUUACUCAUGUAGACGAGGCAGCUCCUGAAGAGCAUGUAACAGCAACUGAGGCAACGGUUGAUAUUCCGCGAGCACAAGAGCCAGAACUAGAAGAGAUUGAGAAUGUUGAACCUGUUGAGGUGGAAGAAAACACAUCAGUGAGUGACAUGCCGGCAGAAGCGGUGAAGGACACUGAAGCCAAGGAAACUGAAGCAAUCAACGAGAGCACUGAUGCAAACAUCAGUGAGCUCACUGAAGAUAUGGAAAGCAACGUUGCUCUUAUAGGUGAGGCAGCUCAUGAAGAACAUGUAACAGUAGCUAAGACAACAGUCGAUAUACCACAAGCACAAGAACCGGAGCUAGAAGAGAUCAAGAAUACUGAAGCAGGUGACCUGUCAGCAGAAGAGGUCAAGGAAAUUGAACCCAAGGAAACUGAAGCAAUCAGCGGAAGGACUGAUGCAAACAUCAGCGAGCUCAAUGAGGAUGUGAAAAGCAAUAUUGUUCUUGCAGAUGAGGAACCUCAUGCAGAGCACGUAACAGUAGCUGAGAGAACAGUUGACAUACCACAAGCACAGGAGCCAGAACCAGAAGAGAUCAAAAAUACUGAACCUGUUGAGGUGGAAGAAAAUAGAUCAGCAAGUGACCUGCAAGCAGAAGAGGUGAAGGAAACUGAAGCAAUCAAUGAGAGCCCUGAUGCAAACAUCAGUGAGCUCACUGAGGAUGUGACAAGCAAUGUUGCUCAUGCAGACGAGGCAGCUCCUGAAGAGCAUGUAAUAGCAUCCAAGGCAACAGUUGAUAUUCCACGAGCACAAGAGCGAGACCUAGAAGAAAUCAAGAAUACUGAACCAGUUGAAGUGGAAGAAUUCAUAUCAGCGAGUGACCUGCCGACAGAAGAGGUGAAGGAGACUGAAACCAAGGAAACUGAAGCAAUCAAUGAGAGCACUGAUCCAAACAUCAAUGAGCUCACUGAGGAUGUAAAAGGCAAUAUUGCUCAUGCAGAUGAGGCAGCUCCUGAAGAACAUGUAAUAGCAGCUGAGGCAACAGAUGAUAUACCACAAGCACAAGUGCCAGAACUAGAAGAGCUCAAGAAUACUGAACCUGUUGAGGUGGAAGAAAACAAAUCAGCAACUGACCUGCCAGCUGAAGAGGUGAAGGACACUGAAACCAUGGAAACUGAAGCAGUCCACAAGAGCGCUGAUACAAACAUCAGUGAGCUCACUGAAGAUGUUACUCUUGCGGAUGAGGCAGCUGCUGACGUACAAAUCGAUGUACCGCUAGCAAAGGAGCCAGCACUAGAAGAGAUGAAGAAUAUUGAACCUGUUGAAGCACAAGACGGUAUAACACCGGAUAAUGUCCCAGCAGAAGAGAUAAAUGACACUGAAGCCAUGGAGACUGGAGAAAUCCCUCAUGAGAGCACAGAUGACAGUUUAACAGCAAGUGCAGCACUUCCUGAUAUUCAACAAGUCCCAGAACAAGAAGCAGUCGAAGAUAAGGCAUGCACUGACACCACAGAAAACCAAGGGGAACCUCAACAAAGCAUUGUUUCUACUUCUGCUGAGCUUACUCCAACAGAAGAAGAAACAGCAGUAGUAAAGCAUACUCAAGAUACACAUGUACAGAAUGCCAGCAGUGAACCGGGAACUGACCCAAAUUUGCUUGUCCAAUCAGCACAUCAAUCAGAAUUGGCUGAAGACAGCAAGGGUCAACUUGUAAAGGCAGAAGAAACAGGCCAAAGUAAUGGUGCCACCCUUGAAGAACCAACUGCAGAAGACAAUGCUGCAAAUGAAAUCGGCCCGCUUGCUGAUUCUAAACAAGAGCGUGGACUAGAAUCAGUGGAAGAAAACAAAUGUAUUGAUGCUACUGAAGGUGAAGAAGCCUCCCAUUUAAGCCAAGAUCCUGGUUUAGAGGAGCCAGUUUCAGAACGUGAUAUAGCAACAGUUGAGCCAACUUCUGAUAUUCAACAAGUAAAUGACAUGGAUGAAGCAGAAGAAAUCACGGCCACUGAAGCCAUCAACGGGGAAGAAAUUUCCUCUCAAAAAACAGAAGUUGCUACUUUGGAGGAACCAUCUCCAACAGAUAAUGGAACGGCGCCAGAACAAAAUCCUGUUGAGUUAGACGAAGAGAACUUGGGAAAUGAAAUCAGCAAUGCAAUCUUGGCGGAUGAAAACAUCAAAGAGGAAAUACAAGAGCCAAGAGAACAAAAGGACGAAUCAUCUGACUUGGGUGAAAAAACUGCUUUCACAACUCACAAGGACGAGAGCGCUACUGAGGAAGAUGUUGUACAAAUUUCUGGUGAAGAUACAGUAGGGACUUCAAACAAUAUUGAGCAAAUCAAAGAACUGCCAAAAUCUGUAAUUGAACAUAGUGGUGACCAUACCGAUGAUCAAGAUGACGAGCAACUUCACAAUGUGGAGCUUCAAAUGCAGGUGUGUGAGCGGUCAGUGGAUUUAACCACUGAGCAGCCAGAUGACCACGUGCAAAAGGUUAACUUGGAUCAGCAGAAGAAAGAAGAUGAGGCGAUUGAAAAGCAAACGGAAGAAAUACAGACAGAUGAGCAGAAUCGUGAUGACAGUAGGGCUGAUUUCACCAGAGAGACAAUAUUGGAGCCCCAGAGCAACGAAAUUGUCACGACAAAUAGGAAAGACGACGCUGAUGUGUUUGAGGCUGAACAAACAGAGGCAGUGACUACUGAAAUGCUCAAGAAUGAACAAACCCUACAUAUAGCCCAAGAAUCCAUUCCAAGCAUUACAGAUGCGAAGGUUGAGAACUCCACGGAAAUAGAAGAAACAACUGCACAAGAAGAUGCACCCAACAACACUGGCACUUUAUAUACUGAUGCUGAUGCUGAAAAAUAUAAUGAAGAUGAGAAGGAGAAUACAGAAAUAGAUGCAGCAGUAGCAAAAACUUCUACUGAUGAACAGGAUGGAACAACUGAUGAAACUAAAAAUGAAGAGGUUGAAAAUUAUUUGGGAUUACCCGUCGAGAAGGAUCUUCAGAAAGCAUCUGACCUAGCUCCUUCAAAUGAAGAAAUGCUAGAGAAUGAUCCUACAGUGGUUCCUCAGAAUGUUGAAUCCAGAGUGCACUCCGAAGAGAAAGAAUGCAUAAACAACGCCAAUGAUGGUAUGCAGGCCAUUCAAGCAUCAGAAGAAGAGAUCGUUGAUGAAGUGGAAAAGAAGGAAGAAAUACAAAAUGAAGACACCAAUGUUAAUCAUGACGAAAUUGAGACCAAACUUGUAGAUGAAGAGGCGUCUGGACUGCAGGACUUGAGCUUUCAUCCAAAGGUUGUAGAUGACAAGUUGGCAACAGAGCAGAAUGGUGCAGAAGUUGAAACUGACUCGAAUGAGGAAAUGGCGACUGGCUAUACAGCAGUCACUGAAUCAGUCAAACGCGGUGAAGCAAUCUACGAUAAGGCUGGUGGAUCUGAUGUGGCACUAUCUGAUGAAAAUCUCGAGACCAUUGAGGACAACAGAAGGAAUCUUGAGGCUUCACCUGCAGUUACAGCAUCAGGAGAAAGUAUGAACGAAGACAAUGAACAUCAUAAGCCUGCUCUUCCUGCACACUCCGCCGUGGAUGGAAAUGAAACCGAACAGGCAUCUGGCUUAGAGGUAACAGAAAGAGAGUUGUUUCCAGAGAAGCCACUCCCCACCGAAUCAGAAGAGCAAGAAGAGAGUCAAAUAACCAAAGAACAAGAUGGAGAGAACGUACAAGAGCAAGAAACUGAUGACACAGAGAAAGAAGAAAAAGAAGCUGAACAGAGUUAUUUGCCUGUCUCCCAUUUUCUGAUGAACCUGAUAAUGGGAAAAGAGAGCAAUGAGCCAGAUGGAAAUUCGGAAUUUAAGGCUGAAAAGAAGCAAGAAGAAACCACAAAAGAUGGCAGUUCUUUGAUCACCUCACAACAGGAAGAAAGCUUGGUGCCAAUCCCAACAGAAAAUAAGGUGGACAAUGAACGCAUCUUUGAACAAGGAAAACAUAAUAUAGAAGGCUCUGAAGAAACACAUGAUAUCGAGCUGGAAAAGGAUGAAGAGCUCAAUAGGGACACUCAUGAUUUGGAAGCACCAGUAUGCCAAAACAAUGUCCAGGGUGAAACUUCUAGUGAAAUGGUACCUGGUGGAUCUGGCCUGACUACAGAAAUGGAAACUAGAGACAUCAAGCUGGGUGAAAAGGCAACCAAUUCUGUUUGUCAGGAACAUAUGGAAGCGACAACACAGAUUGAAGAAGGAAGCUUGAAGAGCAACCUUCAUGACAUAACAAACCCAAAGGUUUCUCAAGAGGACACAUUAGAGGAAGGAAUAACAGACCUUCAGCACAAGCCUUUACCUGAAAAUAGAAGUUCUGAUGCAGUGUCCGGGCAAACACUCUUGUUGACAGAACCAAAUAUGGGUGAUGAAAAGAAUUUGCCUAAUGACACUGACGAUCUUCAAAGUCCCCUGAGCACAAAAAGAGAAGAGUCCAAUGAAUCUUCCAACACUGAGGCCGAAAGUACUGUAGAGGCAGAACUGGAGAAUGGAGUAGACAAGGAAGAAAAGAAUCAGCAGACAACCACCACAGGUGGAGUUACAGAAGAACAGAUAGAAAAUGAGCAUGAUAUCUCGCAGAAAAGCACAGAAGCAAUAUCUGAUGAGCAGAAGGGUGAAAUUACUGAACCAGUUAUGGGCAAUGAGAUAAUUUUGGUUCCUGAAAAGGGGAUUUCUGCAGGCUCAGAAUGCAAGGACGAAAAACAAAGCUCUAAGUUCUCAAACAGUGAACUAGACAACUCUGAGAAAGCUUUGGAAAUUCAGUUAGAUGGUUCCAGCUUGCAUAUAGACCAAGAUAAGCAAGAUGAAUCUGCAGGCGACCAAAUUGUGAUGGAGAAGAACAACCUGCUAGACAAGCCAGGAGAAUCUGAUUUGCAGAAGCUGCAGGAGAUGGAAGUUGCACAAGAAUCUCCUGAAGGAUCUGAUGAAGGUGAUCAGAUUUCUUUGCCCAUAAGAGAGCCUGUGAUCAAAGAAGUGAAUGUAAACAAAACUGUCGAUAGCCAUGUGCAAACAGUGAACACACAAUCACAGGAAGAGCAAGAAACAUUUAAUUCACAGGUUCAUCAGCAUGAUCUCGAUGUGGCUUCACCAGAAGAAGCUCCUGAGGCUGAAGAAAAAAUUGUGGAGUCAAAGCCAGAAUUCAGCACAGAUGAAGAACAAAGUCCAAAGAAAGAUGAAUCAAAUAUGGCAGGAGAGAAAACUUAUGAUGAGAAGACAAAGGGUGCACAGGAAGCUAAGAGUCUCCCUGAUGAAGCGAAAACCAAAGUUGAAGAACAAGGAGUAGUACAGAAGGCGUCACACAAUCAGAAACGUGAUCUCGAUGUGGUUUCACUAACAGAAGCUCCUGGGAGUGAAGAAACUGUUGUGGAUAUAAAAGAGCCAGAGUUCAGCACAGAUGAAGAAGAAAGUCCAAAGAAAGAUGUAUCAAACAUGGCAGAAGAGAAGAGUUAUGACAAGAAGACAAAUGGUGACGAGGAAGCUAAGAAUUUCACUGAUGAUGCACCAACGAAAAUUGAAGACCGAGAGGCAGGGCAGAAGGCAUCACCUAAAAAGCAUAAUAUCUUAUCUGGUGUCGGAUCAAAGGUAAAGCACCAACUAGCAAAAGUGAAGAAAGCUAUUAUAGGCAAGCCUGGGCACACAAAAUCUGAAUCACCAAAAGCUUGAGACUGCAUUCACCUUAGUGUGUGUAUAUUGAUUUUUGUUGCUAUUUGUACAUUUGUAUGCUAUUUACUUGAGGUCUAGUAUAGCGUGAUGGUACUAGUAAACAUCAAGGUUUCGCUAUGGCCAUUGCAUUGAAAUGUUGUGUGAUUGAAGAACGAUUUGUAAAUAUAGAUAGUGUGUAAAUCAAGGUUUGGUAAUUGUUUGAGUUUGAGGCA